AUGGCAUUUACAGUUAAUGAAAUAGAACAAAUUAAUCAACAAAUUCAAAAUACAGAAAACAAGAUCAAAGAGCCACCAGAAGUUACUAACUUAUUAGAAAAUACACAAGAAUGUAUUAACCAAAGACAACAAAAUAAUUUUUGUUUUGAAGAAAAAGAAGAAAUAAGUAAAGAACCGAUAUUAGAAAAGGAAGAGUGUAAUGAAGAAAAUGAAACAAAGGAAGGAAGCGGUUUAAUAUUUACAGAGUGGAAUAAUAAACCAAGUUAUACAGAAGUUAAACCAAUUAUUUGUGCACCAGUUAUUCAAGACAAAGCUAGUGCAAAAGAAGAUAUAGAGAAAAAAGAAGAAAAAACAAAAAGAAAGAAGAACCCAAAUACUAAAUUAAAAAAUGAAUGGAAAAAAUUAAAGAAAAGUUUAGGUUCUCAUCAAAAAAAGAUUCUUGAUGCUUACAUUGACUACAAAGUCGAAAAAAAAGUUAAUAAAAUUAUACAACAAAUUCAAAAAGAAGAAACACUUAAUCAAUAUGAAGUACCUAAAAAAAAAUUCGAAGUUCAUGAAAAAAAAAUAAAACAUUUUAUUAAACAUCAACAAAAAGAUAUGAAGGAUUUUAUCCAAAAACAAAUUUCAUAUCAAAACUUGAUGUAUCAAUAUCCUUAUUUUUAUUUCCCUUAUGUGUAUUAUCCUCAGCCUUAUAAUGUAAAUGGAAUUCCUCCUUAUUUCUUCAACCAAUUUAAUUCAAUUGAACAACCAUCAUCAUCUUAUAACCAUCAAUAUUGUUGUGACAAAACAUGCCCUUGUUUAAAUCAAGAAAACCAACCACAUACACCAACACACCCACUUUCAUCAACCCCUAUUCAUAGUGAAGUUGAGCAAACAGUUCAUCCACCAACUAUCCCUUCUUCUCAAACUACUAACCAUAGCAGAAAAUUGGAGAGUCAAACAAAAUUAGAAAAUGAAAGCUUAACCCAACAAUCCCCCAAUCCUCCUUUUAAACCAUCACAAAACCAACAACCUGAUUUAGUUUAUCCUUUCCAUCAACCAGUUACUUACCAACAACCCUUUACCACUCUUAUUCAGCCUCAACACCAACAGCCUAAACAAAUAAACCUAGAUCCGUCUUACUAUCAAUAUUCAAUAAAAUACUGA